AUGCUUCUGACUCUCCUUAGGUAAUUGUCUACAUUGCAGCUUUCUUUAGCAUUAAUGCUAAUAUUUAGCAUCAGAACACUUUAUUAAAAACCGGCAGGCCCCAGUUAAAUUUCUUCAGGAAUUUUCUAGUUUCUACAUACAUUGCAGUUUGUGCUGAUGCCACAAGAUGUUACUAAACCUUCCACGCUGCUCCUUUAAACUAAUGAUCCUCUGUCUCCUUGUGUUUGACAGUUCAUGACGAAGAGUCCAAACAAGCGUCUGGGCUGUGUGGCAGCACAAGGUUGUGAGGAUGCCAUCAAGCUCCAUCCGUUCUUCAGAGAAAUUGACUGGAUGCUGCUGGACCAGAGGAAGAUCAAGCCGCCGUUUAAACCUCGUAUUAAAACCAAAAGGGACGUCAAUAACUUUGACCAGGAUUUUACACGUGAAGAACCUGUCCUGACGCCCGUGGAUGACAGCAUCAUCAAGCAGAUCAACCAAGAUGAAUUCAAAGGAUUCUCGUACUUCGGAGAUGAAACAUCUUAGAUUGCCGACAUGUUGGAUCCCAAAUACCCCAGGAAUUAUACUAGACCAUUGUGUCUUCAUUAUGGAUCCUGUGUUUUUGUUUGUCCAUUCAUACGAACUAUAACUGUAUGCUUCAGCAGCAUGAGGCAGGUGUGUGCAUGCAUCUCCAAAGAGAUGCUCAUUCCUUCACACGAUGUGACGUGUCCUGUAUCUGUAAAGAAUGUUUUGUUUUUUUUCUCUUGAACGUGUCUGAAUGGCAAAGACAUGAAUGAAUAAUUACAUUUAAAGCAAAAAAAAAA